AUUUCACCAUGCUUACACUGAUUGCCAUUACAAUAUUCGAAUAGACUCCGGGAAAGUUUAUAUACUAAACUACCGAAUAUAUUUUUGAAUCAAAGAUGCUAUCAAGACGGAUUUUAAUUCAGAAUCGGUUAAAUAUAGUAUUCACCAUAAAAAGAUGUGUGCCACUAGUAAAAUAUUGUACAAAAACCAAUGAGAAUGACGAAAAUCGUCCAAAAACAAUUACCGAAAAAUUUGAUGAAGCAAUAAAAAAGAUAGAAGGCUUACGGGCUGCAGCAAAAGCCACUAAAGGAGAAAAAAACAGGGCAAAAGCCACAAACGGAAAGAGUAAACUAUUGAAACCGGUCGAUGGAUAUACGCCACGAUUCAAAUACAAUGGUUAUGUGAAAAAAUCUCAAUGGAUAUACUUCGAUGAUGACCAUAACGAGAAAGUGCCCGAAACUGAAGAACAGUUUAAUUAUGGCAUGCGAAAAAAGCAUAAAUAUUGUCUUCUAUUGGCAUUUGCCGGUGGAAAUUAUUAUGGAAUGCAAUACAAUGUAUCAACACAUACAAUUGAAGAUGAAUUACUCAAAUCAAUGGUAAAAAAUCGUUGGAUUUUACAAGAGCACCUUGAUAGACCACAUUUAUUUGAUUUUCAACGUGGUUCAAGAACAGAUCGUGGGGUUUCCGCGUGUCGUAUGAAUGUUUCGGCUGUUUUGCCAAUUGAUGUGAGUAUUGAAGAUUUGAAUCGUGAUUUGCCAUCGGAUAUUCGGGUAUUUGGAAUGAAACGUACAACACCAACAUUCGAUGCUCGGCAUAAUUGUACGGCUAGGACUUAUUCAUAUACAAUGCCAACGAUUGCAUUUUCACAUUACAAUGAUCAAACUGAAAUGAAAGACUAUCGAAUCACGGCCGAUAGAUUACUACGUGCCAACGAAAUAUUUGGAAUGUUCAAAGGCUAUACAAAUUUUCACAAUUAUACAAUGAAAAAGCAGUAUUUCGAUCGAUCGUCAUCACGACGCAUUGAAGAGAUUGGCUGUGGUGAACCAUUCAUUGAAGGUGACAUUGAAUUUAUUCGAAUGACGGUGAAGGGGCAAAGUUUUAUGUUGCAUCAAAUUCGAAAAAUGGUCGGUUUUACGCUGGCCGUAAUCCGUGGUGUAGUAGGCGAUGAUAUGUUAAAGAGGUCAUUGACCAAAGAAGUGUUUCACACACCGACUGCUCCUGGUCUGGGUUUGAUGCUUGAACGUUUACAUUUCUCCAAAUAUGCACGCCUAUUUAAAGAUCAUGAUCCAUUAACUUUCGACGAAUUCGACAAUGAUGUUGAAGAGUUUCGUCGAAACUAUAUACAUCCCUUCAUUAUUGAAACAGAAAUUAAGGAAAAUUCAAUGGUAAAUUGGCUUGAAUAUCUGUGUAUACAUAGCUUUAGUGCUGAAUCACGAGAAAGAGAAGAAAACCGAAAAAUGAGGAACGAUCCAGAGUUCGACGAUGAAUGGGGUGAAGAUCCUGAAUUUUUAGAAAAAUUAAAAAAACGCUUGGAAGAAUAAAUUUUAUUGUAAAUUUAAUAAUAAAUGUAGUUGAAAAGCAAAAAGAAA